AUAACGGCAGCGAUGGCGGCGGCCGGUCUGCAGUGGUUUGCUCCGAUGUUCGGGUUGCGGUUAUUGCUGGUGUCAGUCCUGCAAACGGUAUCUGUACAGGGAUUUGAAUUAUCAUCAGAAGCAUGCAGAGAUUUGGGUUUCUCCAGCAAUUUGCUCUGUAGCUCUUGUGAUCUUCUUGGACAGUUUAGCUUAACUCAGCUGGAUCCUGAUUGCAGAAAAUGCUGCCAGGAAGAAGCACAGUUUGAAAACCGAAAGCUUUAUGCGGGUGCUAUCCUGGAAGUAUGUGGAUGAAAACUAGGGCGGUUCCCCCAAGUCCAGGCUUUUGUCAGGAGUGACAAACCCAAACUCUUCAGGGGAUUGCAAAUAAAGUAUGUUCUUGGUUCGGAUCCUGUGCUAAAGCUGUUGGAUGACAAUGGGAACAUUGCUGAAGAACUCAGCAUCCUCAAAUGGAACACAGAUAGUGUGGAAGAAUUCCUUAGUGAAAAAUUAGAACGUAUAUAAAAUAUGCUUUCAGUUUUGUUAUAUCAUUUCUUUUCUUCAGUGAAUUUUGCAAUAUCAAUCAUUGUAUCCUUUGGUCACCUUUGGGAGAUUAAUUCCUUGCCAAAAGGUUGUGCGUACUUUCUACUUUGAACCGAAAGUCUCUACAUUGCACAUGAUCUUGAACAAGUUGACCAACUGUACAGAAUCUGCUUUUGAUCUAUUCCCUCUCUUGUCUGUUGUUCCCUCUGAUGAGAUGCUUUAUAACAAACAUGGAGUUAAUUAUGCAAAUAAUAGAAUUUGUUAUAUUUGGACCAGUUCUACACAAAAUGGGGAGGAGAUGGAUGAAUAAGGAAAUGAUGACCAUGUCUUGUCUGUAUGCCAUGCUCCUUCUUUAUAAGCAAUGACUAGAAGUCACUAGCAAAUAUAAUAUACUGUGCCAAUGACUUCUUCAUUUUUGUGACACCCCAGCUUUCUUUUUAACAGAAAUACUAUAGUUUAUAAUGAAUGCUAGUUCAGGAAACAUUUCAUCAUUGUGCCUGGUUUCAGCAUUUGUAGCAUUUUGUAAAACACUCCAAGAAGUGCACGUUAGUGACGAUCUCACAGAAAACCCCAAGAGGGCUUGUGUAGAUCUGAUGUUUAGUGUAUUCUUUUCAGUGUUUGACUUUGCUGCAGUGAAUGAGUCAAGAAAAGAUUCAUGUAUUAAACUGAACUAGAAUUAAAAAUUUUCAACCUCUG